AUUUUGCCGCGCGUAAAAUUUUGUGACUCGAUCAGUCGAUUGUGAAUUUGGAUGUUAUGUUCCAAUCGAUUUAGAGCACUUCCAUCUUUCCUACGACUACCAGUCGCAAAAAUGUCCUCUACUCCUCCUUCGAACCAAAAUGUACAAGAUCCAAAUUCGAAGAGUGCAGCAAAGAAAAGGGCAAAGCAACUGGAAAAAGAGGUCAAAUUAGCUGCAAAAGCUGUCAAGAAUGCCGCAGCUGUAGCGGCUGGGUCAAAUGAAAAGAAAUUGAAAGCUGAGAAGGAAAAGAAGGAGGAAGAGGUUCCGUUCGUGAAUACUACACCAAAGGGUGAGAAGAAAGAUCUUUUUCAACCAAUGGCAAGCGGAUACAAUCCUAUCGCCGUCGAAGCAGCGUGGUACGACUGGUGGUCCGCUGAAGGUUUCUUUUCCCCCCAAUUCACCUCGGACGGAAGAAUAAGGCCUGAAGGUGUCUUUGUCAUUCCCGCACCUCCUCCUAAUGUUACUGGCAGCCUUCAUAUUGGACAUGCUUUGACCACGACCAUUCAGGAUGCUCUCGUUCGAUGGAAUCGAAUGCUAGGAAAGACAACUUUAUUCGCUCCUGGAUUCGACCACGCCGGUAUUUCCACACAAAGUGUUGUUGAAAAGAGGUUGUUCAAAACAACCGGAAAGACUCGACAUGAUCUAGGACGUGAAAAGUUCUUAGAAACUGUCAUGGACUGGAAGAAUGAUUACCAACAUCGAAUCACUGAUCAGUUACAAAGACUAGGUGGAAGCUACGAUUGGGACCGAGCUGCAUUUACUAUGAGCCCCGCACUUUCUAAAGCUGUAACAGAGACCUUUUGUCGUCUGCACGAAGACGGUAUCAUUUAUAGGGCAAAUCGCUUGGUCAACUGGUGUGUGAGACUGAAUACGACGCUAUCCAACUUAGAGGUAGAACAAGUACAACUCCCUGGACGUACCCUUCUCAACGUUCCUGGCUACGAUGCUAAGGAGAAGUUUGAGUUUGGUGUCAUAACAAGCUUUGCUUACCCUAUAGAUGGUUAUGAUGAAAAGCUCGUUGUCGCAACUACUCGCCCAGAAACCAUGCUCGGUGAUUCCGCUAUUGCUGUUCACCCGGAUGAUCCCCGAUAUGAACACCUUCACGGCAAGUUUGCGCGGCACCCGUUCGUCGAUCGUCUCCUUCCUAUUGUCACCGAUUCGAUGGUGGACAUGGAAUUUGGAACUGGUGCCGUAAAGAUCACACCCGCUCACGAUCCAAACGACUAUGAAGUUGGUACGAGACAUAAACUCGAUUUCAUCAACAUCUUGAACGACAAUGGAACUUUCAAUCACAAUGCUGGGGAGAAAUUCAAGGGGAUGAAGCGGUUCCAUGCGAGGGUUGCUGUCGUGGAUGCCUUGAAGGAGCUCGGACUAUUCGUAGAGGUCAAGGAUAACCCCAUGAUGAUUCCUACUUGCGCUAAAUCUGGUGAUAUUAUUGAGCCUGUUCUGAAACCGCAAUGGUGGGUCAAUUGCAAACCACUUGCAGAGGAUGCCAUUGCACGAACGAAAUCUGGUGAACUAAAAAUACAGCCCAAACAGUCGGAGAAUGAAUGGUACAGGUGGUUGGAAGGCAUUCAAGAUUGGUGUAUCUCUAGGCAGCUCUGGUGGGGACAUCGUUGCCCCGCUUAUUUUGUCAGAAUUGAGAAUAAAGAACAGGAUUCGCAAGACGGCGCCGACUGGGUAGUUGGCCGCACACUUGAAGAAGCCACUGAAAGGGCGAAAGCGCUUGCAGGAGGGGCCAAUUUUACCCUGGAGCAAGAUGAGGACGUACUCGAUACAUGGUUCUCGUCUGGUCUUUGGCCGUUCUCUAUCAUGGGUUGGCCUGAUAAAACCCCGGAUCUGAGACACUUCUAUCCCUCUUCUCUUCUUGAGACGGGUUGGGACAUCCUUUUCUUCUGGGUAGCUCGCAUGGUCAUGCUCGGAAUCAAACUCACUGGAAAGGUUCCUUUCAAAGAAGUAUAUUGUCAUGCGAUGAUUCGUGACGCUCAUGGGCGGAAGAUGAGUAAGUCUCUGGGUAAUGUCAUCGAUCCCAUCGACGUUGUUCAGGGCUUGCCUCUGGAGGCCCUUCAUGAAAAAUUGUACGAAGGAAACCUGGAUGAGAGGGAGAUUGCUAAGGCGAAGGCUGGGCAGAAGAAAGACUUCCCGAAAGGGAUACCACAGUGUGGUACGGAUGCGUUAAGGUUUGCUUUGUGCGCUUAUAGUUCUGGAGGCCGUGAUAUUAACCUGGAGAUUUUGCGCGUGGAAGGAUAUCGCAAAUUCUGCAACAAAAUAUUCAAUGCUACAAAGUUUGCUAUGCUGAAACUGGAUCAAUCGUUCGUUCCGGAACCUACAGCUCAGCCCACUGGUAACGAGAGCCUUGUUGAAAAAUGGAUUUUUCAUAAGCUUAACAUCGCUGCGACGGAAAUCAACGCCCACUUAAUGUCGCGGAAUUUCAUGAUGGCGACGACUGUGGCGUAUAAUUUUUGGCUAUAUGAGCUCUGUGAUGUCUAUAUUGAAGCAAUGAAACCUAUGACCGACGGAUCCACUACCGAGUUCACGAAGAAGUCGGCGCAACAGACACUAUACACAUGCCUCGAUUAUGGCCUACGUCUUCUGCAUCCCUUCAUGCCCUUCGUCACCGAGGAACUGUGGCAGAGAUUACCUCGCAGAUCGAACGAUUCGGCUCCUUCAAUCAUGCUAUCGUCAUUCCCCGUAUCAGACCCUGCCUUUGUCUUUGAAGAUGCUGAUAAAGACUUUGACCUUGUAUUUACUAUCCUACGAUCCGCACGGUCAUUGGCCGCUUCUUACAACCUCCAAAGUAACAUUCAAUUCUUUUUGCACACCAAGGAUGAACGAGAAACAGUUUUGUUCAGAUCUCAGACCCCUACAAUCGUCACGCUCAUCAAGGGAUGCAAGAGCGCAGACGUCGUUACAGAUGUCAAAGAUAUACCUUCGGGCUGCGGAAGUGCCGUCGUAACGUCGUCAAUCACAGUCUACACACUCGUUCGGGGACUCGUCGAUCUUGAUGUUGAGAUCGCCAAGUGCGAGAAGAAGUUGGACAUCGCCCGGUUGAAUCUUCAGAAAAUUGCGAAGCAGGAGUCGCAAGCGGACUAUGCCACUACCGUCCCAGAAAGCGUCCGUCAUGCUAGUAAUGAGAAGAGGAGAACAUUCGAAGCAGAGAUAUCCGCUUUAGAAGAGUCAAUGACUAUGUUUGCGAAACUAAAGUGAUAGAACGCAUGUUCACCUGCACUGUUUCAGUACUCAUAGCUUCUACUGUUGCUUCCAAUUAGUAUUGACUGCCAAUGCGAGUGUUCACCGUCUAACGGACAGCCA